GGCGGCGGCUCCGACUCGCACUCCCGCGCCGCCGCCGCCGCCAGCGCCGCCACUCCGGCCCAGCUCCCGCCGCGGCCCCUCGCCUCGUCCCUGCCGGCCGGCCCGGGGACGCGCAGGGGGCAGGGCGGGCGCCCCAGCGAAGCCCGAGAGACGCGCGCGCGGGGCCCUCGGUGGACUCCACGGCCGCCAACAUCUGGGCGCAGCGCGGGCCACCGCUGGUCGCCGCGCGGCCGCCUCGCCUUGGGGACCGUAGGAGGCGCAGCCCCGAGGCCGGAGACUUCGUUUCGGGACCAGCCCCCCGGGAUGCGGUAGCGGCCGCUGUGCGGAGGCCGCCGAGCAGCUGCAGCCGCCGCCGCCGCCGCCGCGCAGAUCCACGCUGGCUCCGUGCGCCAUGGUCACCCACAGCAAGUUUCCCGCCGCCGGGAUGAGCCGCCCCCUGGACACCAGCCUGCGCCUCAAGACCUUCAGUUCCAAGAGCGAGUACCAGCUGGUGGUGAACGCAGUGCGCAAGCUGCAGGAGAGCGGCUUCUACUGGAGCGCCGUGACGGGCGGCGAGGCGAACCUGCUGCUCAGCGCCGAGCCCGCCGGCACCUUCCUCAUCCGCGACAGCUCGGACCAGCGCCACUUCUUCACGCUCAGCGUCAAGACCCAGUCGGGGACCAAGAACCUGCGCAUCCAGUGCGAGGGGGGCAGCUUUUCGCUGCAGAGCGACCCCCGGAGCACGCAGCCGGUGCCCCGCUUCGACUGCGUGCUCAAGCUGGUGCACCACUACAUGCCGCCCCCCGGCGCCCCCGCCUUGCCCCCUCCACCCGCCGAACCCUCCUCCGAGGUGCCGGAGCAGCCGCCGGCCCAGCCGCUGGCGGGGAGUCCCCCCAGGAGAGCCUAUUACAUCUACUCCGGGGGCGAGAAGAUCCCUCUGGUGUUGAGCCGGCCCCUCUCCUCCAACGUGGCCACUCUCCAACAUCUCUGUCGGAAGACCGUCAACGGCCACCUGGACUCCUAUGAGAAAGUCACCCAGCUGCCUGGGCCCAUUCGGGAAUUCCUGGACCAGUACGAUGCCCCUCUUUAAAGCGCAAAGGGCAGGGGUCGGGGCGAGGAGCCUGGGUCCCCUCUCCCCCGUGGCACAUGACACAAGCACAAGAAUCCAGCCGUGAGAGUCCUGCAGCUCUGGGGGGAGCCAGGGGGGGUGGACAGGCCCCUCCCUUCCGCCUCCCCCCCCCCCCUGCAGAAUGGGGACGGCGGGACCUGGAAUGUGUCUGAGGGAAGGGGGGGCGGCCACCUGAGCGCCCCGCCCCCACGCCAGCGUCUCCGGAGGAGCCCGCUGGCCCGGUAGGGACAGCGACGACGACAGCAGUGGUCUCUUCUCCUCCUCUCCGCUUCCUCAACUCCCCCUGCAUUUCCAAACAGGGGACACUGCAGGAGCGUUGAACUCGUGAGAACUGCCGGGGAGUCUUCAAACUUUCCAACGGAACUUGUUUGCUCUUUGAUUUGGUUUAAAUCGUAGCUUUAAACCUGAACAGGUCUCCGGCCUGGAAGAGGGUGGAGGAGAGGGCGCCCCCAGGGGCCUCAGGGCUGCAGGCUGGCCUCGGAAAUGGCUCCUCCCACCGUCCGCCCCAGAUUCCACCUCCAGUCCUCUCCCUUCCCCCACCCAGGCCUUCGAGGCUGUUAGGAGAUGCUUGAAGAACUCAACAAAAUACCAACCCAACUCAAACUUUGCACAUAUUUAUAUUUAUAUUCAAAAAAGAAACAUUUCAGUAAUUUAUAAUAAAGAGCACUAUUUUUUAAUGAAAA